AUGGUUACCCUCGACACGGUGCAGCAGUCCAACGGCCUCCUGGCGAGCCUGCCGCAGGCACAGGGCCUCGUUGCAGUAUUCAUCGGGGCCACCUCGGGCAUCGGCCAGAGCGCACUGGAACACUUCGCCAGAUCUACGACCGCCCCACAUAUCUACAGUACCGCACGCGCAAAGACUGUGGCUUCGCAUGAUGAAUUUCUGGAGACGCUGCGCCAGGAAAACCCCACCGGCACAUACACGCUGCUGACAGCCGAUGCGUCGCUCGUUUCGGAUAUUGACCAUGCCGUCGACGUCGUCCUAGAGAAUGAGACAAAAGUCGACCUUCUAUUCAUGUCGCCCGGGUUCUUCGCCUUCGAGGGCCGCAUCGACACAAAGGAGGGACUGGACCCAUCCAUGUCGACGCGUUACUACUCACGCCUGCGCGCCGUCCAGCGCCUGCUACCGCUGCUCAACGCCGCGCCCAGCCCACGUGUCGUCUCGGUGCUGGCUGCGGGCGAAGAGACUCCACUCAAUGAAGCCGAUUUAGACCUCCGCGAUUUGCAGAACUGGUCUAUGUGGAACGCUUCACGCCACGCCUGCACCAUGGGCACACUGGCGCUUGAGUAUAUCGCCCGUCUCAACCCGCACCUGAGCAUUGUACACGCACAUCCGGGCGCCGUGGCAACUCCUGGCCUGGCGCGCAGUAAUACAUUCGGCUUGAACCCGCCGAAUCCUAUGAGCCAGGACGAGGCUGGUCAGCGCGCUGUCUUCAACAGCACCAACGAUCGCUAUGCUGUGCAACCCGGCCUGGUUCCUGUGCCUGAGGGACUGGAGGUUGUGCCUAAGUCGGCUGGUGGUAUCUUCCUCGUUGGCCCUCUUGGAGAGAUCAAGGAUAGCGAGGCUGUGCUCGGUCCAAUGAGGGCGCGUGGUCUGGAUGAGACGGUGUGGAACUUCACGCUGGAUAUAUUUUCCACCUGCGCGGAGAAGGCUUAG